GCGCGGGCCCGGGAGGCGGCGGCGCCGGCGGCGGCGGCUGAGUCCGGGCCGGGGGGAGCGAGACGCCGAGCGGCCAUGGUGGCUCACGACGAGCUCGGGGGGCUGCUGCCCAUCAAAAGGACUAUCCGGGUCAUCGACGCGCAGAACCAGUCCUUCAGGGAGCAGGAGGAGCCAAGCAAUAAACGGGUUCGGCCUUUAGCACGUGUCACGUCCUUGGCCAACUUGAUCUCUCCUGUAAGAAAUGGUGCAGUUCGGCGCUUUGGUCAGACAAUACAGUCAUUUGCCCUUCGCAGUGAUAGCAAAUCUCCUAGCUGUGCCCAGAAGUCAUGUAGCAGAUCUGCUGCACCUACCCCUCCGAAAAGAAGAAACAGUGUACUUUGGUCUGAGAUGUUAGACGUCAACAUGAAAGAGUCCCUGAGCACCAAAGAAAUCAAGCGGCAGGAGGCAAUAUAUGAAAUGUCCAGAGGAGAGCAGGAUCUAAUAGAAGAUCUGAAGCUUGCCAGAAAGGCCUAUCAUGAUCCCAUGCUGAAACUCUCAAUUAUGUCUGAGGAAGAACUCACUCACAUAUUUGGAGACUUGGAUUCUUACAUUCCUCUGCAUGAAGAUUUGUUGGCAAGUUUAGGAGAAGCAACAAAACCUGAUGGAACGGUGGAGCAGAUUGGGCCCAUUCUUGUGAAAUGGUUGCCACGACUUCAUGCCUACAAAGGUUACUGUAGCAAUCAGCUAGCAGCCAAAGCACUUCUGGAUCAGAAGAAGCAGGACCGGAGAGUGCAGGACUUUCUUCAGCGCUGCCUUGAGUCUCCUUUCAGCCGUAAAUUAGACCUUUGGAGCUUCCUGGACAUUCCUCGAAGUCGGCUAGUCAAAUACCCACUGCUCCUAAAAGAAAUCUUGAGACACACUCCCAAAGACCAUCCUGAUAUCCAGAUUCUAGAAGAAGCAAUCACUAUAAUCCAAGGAGUCCUCUCUGACAUCAACUUGAAGAAGGGGGAGUCGGAGUGCCAGUACUACAUUGACAAGUUGGAGUAUCUGGAUGAGAAGCAGAAGGACCCAAGGAUUGAGGGCAGCAAAGCUUUGCUGUGCCAUGGGGAGCUGAAAAAUAAAAAUGGACAUAAGCUGUACGUCUUCCUUUUCCAAGACAUUCUGGUUUUGACCCGGCCAGUCACUCGAAACGAACGUCAGUCCUACCAAGUAUACAGGCAGCCGAUCCCUGUGCAGGAGCUGCUCCUCGAAGACCUGCAGGAUGGCGAUGUGAAAAUGGGAGGAUCCUUCCGAGGAGCUUUUGGCAAUUCAGAUAAAGCUAAAAAUAUCUUCAGAGUUCGUUUCCAAGAUCCCUCCCCAGGCCAGUCCCACACGCUGCAAGCCAACGAUAUCUUCCACAAGCAGCAAUGGAUUAAUUGCAUCCGAACAGCCAUUGCCCCCUUCCAGCGGACUGCGGCCGCGGGAGAGCUAAAGGAGCUGCCGGAGCUCAGCGAAGAGUCGGAGGAGAACAACCCUUCCGCAUCCAACACCAAAGUCCAGAGGAGGCAGUCUGCCAUGUCUGGCAUAACUGAGAUGGAGCUGGACGAAAACAUAUCCGAAUGCGGCUCCAUCCUGGACUCGGAGGAGGCCAAGGGCUUGAAAAUACACAGAACGCUGUCUGGGCGCAGGAAAACGAGAGAGAAGCAGCUAGGCAGCAAACGGAAAGAAACAUUAGUAUAAAGAGGAGUCCAGGAAUGUCCUUGUGGAAGACUGUUUAUUUAUAAAUAACGUGUACAUUUCUCUUGUAAUGUGAGCAUGAUGGGAUUUACUCUGUUGAACAGAAAUGUCUCUUUUUUUCUUUUUUUUUAUGUUAUAAUGGCAGCUACUGGUAUACAGUUAACACUGUUGAACUGGAGUCUGGUUUUUUUGUUUGUUUUUUUUUUUUUUUGCAAACACAGCCACCUUGAACCUGAAUGCAUGCUGUAAAUCUGUGAUUCCAAAGUCCUUGUGAUUUUGAUUGUUAACGGCAGAUUUGAAGAACACGCAUAAUUUUUUCCAAAAAAAAGUAUUAUCGCGUGCACCAUUUGAGAUUGUAAAAUGGGAAAUCUAAAGCAGAACUGUGUGCCAUCAACAUGAGCAGAACACUUCGCUUCUGGGGGUUUUGCAUCAACACUGCAAAAGUACUUCCCGAACUGGACUUCAAACCUGAGUGCACGUCGUCUUCUUGUUUGUGCAGAGCGUGUUUUGCAGUGUUUGGUUAUCAUAAUCCAUGUAACUUAAAAAAAACAAACCAAAACAAACAAAUGAAAAAACAGACCCCAGGUUCAAUAGGUUUUCAAUUUACCUACUGGAAUUUUUCAUCUUAGUUUGUCCAUUGUACAUUCCUCAUUUUCACUCACAUAACCUGCCAGGUAUUUAAUUUUUUUUAUUAGUUUGUUUCAGGUUUGUUUGGGAUUUUUUUUGUUGUUGUUUUCUUUGGGGUUUUGUGGGGUUUUUUUGUUUUGUUUUUUACUUGUUGUUGUCGUCUGUAGAGUCUUUCAGACUUGGCAUUUCCUUUCAAGUACUCGAUCCUUCUUGUGCGAAGAUGUGCAUGUACAUACUAUUUCUUCAAAACUCUGCGAAGAGAAACCAAGCCAUAGCGUUGCGAGCCGGGGGGCUGGGAGGAGACGCCGCGCUCGACGCUGCCUGUUGAGUUUGUCCCGACGAGCAGUGUAAACGGCUUGUGCGUGCUCUGAACUACUGAAAGAGAACUGCAUUGCUAAGGGGUUUAGGAAGGUUUUAGGAACGUUGCAAAGGGUUUGGGGAGGGAAGAGGAGUAUCGGUUAGAGGGAGUAGCAGGGAGCAGAGGUAGUUUGUUGUUGCUUUGAAAAUAAAGAGCCUUCGGUGGAGGGUAGAAGGCAGGACUGGAGGCAACCAAGGGCAUGCUGUAUGUGGUAGAAAGGUAGAGAAAAGGGAGUACCUGAAGCUGAUGAAUUCAGAGGAGCUGGUGUAUUGUAUAUACUUGUGACGGCAGCGCUGCCAUGUUCUAGUCGUCCAAAGAUUCCCGCGAGGAAAAGUCAGCCUGAGAGCUCCGGGCUGCAAGACGCUGCGCGAAACAGAACUGUAGCAGCUUUGACUGGAGGAGCCACCAGGUCGCUCGCGUAGCGAGACCGGCACUGACACGGCAGCGACAGCGAUCCCGUGAUAGCGACCCGUGAGCAGCAUCGGAAAGUGGCGCUCGAGGAGCCGCAGCUCGGGCCCAGAGGGUUCUCCGCCGGAAAGACGUCUGGCCAGUACCCUCGGAAAGCGGAAGAGGGUGUAGAUAGACGCACCGAAACGCGCGGUUCUCUGUAAAUGUAUUGUACAGUUUCGAGUGCCAAGUACAAUUAAAUUCCUGACAGCA